AUGUCCGCCACUGGUCCGAGCCCCCCUUCGUUUGGCCAAUUGUUAUCCUCGCAGCUCGUCGGCGUGCUCCUCGACUUCCUUCUGACGGGGGCCCUGUUUGUCCAGAUCCUCAUCUACCGCAUCUGUUUCCCGAAAGACACAUUCGCGGUCCAACUGCUCGUGUACAGCCUGCUUCUCCUUAUGCUCGCCCGCGUUGCGCUCGUCGCCUAUGAGACCCAAUACUUCUUCGCAGACGGCUUCGGCAAUGCGCUGCGGCUCGCCGGGCAGAGCCAGCGCCAGUACUCCUUCGCAUUCGUCCCCGUGACGGUCUCCAUCGUGCAGCACUACUUUGGCUACCGCAUCUUCUCGCUCGACCGCCGUAUGUGGCCGGUCUGCAUCCUCAUAAGCUGUCUCUCGCUCGCGCAAUGCGGGCUCGGGUACGCUGCAUUCGGGAUCGUGGUCGACGGGUCGCCCGCGGCGUUGCUGACCAAGCUCCAGCUGACCACGCGAAUUGUGCGCUCCUGGCUAAUCACGGGCAUGGCGACCGCGCUUGUCAACACGCUCACCACUGUGUUUGUCCUCCUCCGCAUGCGCGAGGGAAGCUUCAACCGCUCCACCCACCAGGCCGUCGCGAGCAUAGUGCGCUUUACCGUUGAGUCUAACGCCGCGUCGGCGGUUGUGGAGAUCGUGUCGCUAGCGUUGCUCGAGUCCUUCCCGGCCACGACAUAUUACGUGGGCAGCACCGUGCUCCUUCCAAGCGUGUACACGAACAUGCUCCUCGCGACGCUCAACUUCCGUGCCGUCGUCCGGCAGCAGCGCGCCGCCGGCCCGGCGGCCGCCGUCACGACUGUGGGCACAACGACGGGCACGGCUACCGGCAUGAGCUAUUCGGUGCCGCAAACGCAAACGCAGGCGCAACCGUACGUCCCGCCGGCCGUGGAGAAGGCGUCGUCCAGGGAGAGCGCGAGGGCUACUGUCGCUGUCCGGAGAGGCUCGUCGCAGGUCGAAAGCGACGAUGACGGCGCUGCCGGGAAGGCUUUUGUGUUGGCGCAGCGCACGUGGUCGGGGAGCGAUGAAGCCGAGAGCGAGUCAGAGCUUGGGGAGGAGGAAGGGCAAGUGCAGCAAGGUUAG